AUGGCUCUACAGGUCCAGGUCCUCCAGAACCUCCGGACGGCUCGUCUCCUGCGAUUGGUCCGCGUGGCCAGGAAGCUGGACCGCUACUCUGAGUACGGCGCCGCCGUGCUCUUCCUCCUCAUGUGUACCUUCGCCCUCAUCGCCCACUGGCUGGCCUGCAUCUGGUACGCCAUCGGCAGCGUGGAGAGGAGCGGCUCCAUUGGCUGGCUGCACACCCUGGGGGACCAGCUGGGGAAGACCUACAACAGCUCCGUCAUGGGCUCUGGACCCUCCAUCAAGGACAAGUACAUCACAGCGCUGUACUUCACCUUCAGCAGCCUGACCAGCGUGGGCUUCGGAAACGUUUCCCCCAACACCAACUCAGAGAAGAUCUUCUCCAUCUGCGUCAUGCUCAUAGGAUCCCUGAUGUACGCCAGUAUCUUCGGCAACGUGUCGGCCAUCAUCCAGCGCCUGUACUCGGGGACGGCCCGGUACCACACCCAGAUGCUCCGGGUCCGCGAGUUCAUCCGGUUCCACCAGAUCCCCAACCCGCUCCGGCAGCGGCUGGAGGAGUACUUCCAGCACGCCUGGUCCUACACCAACGGCAUCGACAUGAACGCCGUUCUGAAGGGGUUCCCCGAGUGCCUCCAGGCGGACAUCUGCCUGCACCUGAACCGGACCCUGCUCCAGAACUGCAAGGCCUUCAAGGGGUCCACGAAGGGCUGCCUGAGGGCCCUGGCCAUGAAGUUCAAGACCACCCACGCCCCCCCAGGGGACACGCUGGUCCACGCCGGGGACGUCCUCACCGCGCUGUACUUCAUCUCCAGGGGGUCCAUCGAGAUCCUGAGGGGCGACGUGGUGGUGGCCAUCCUGGGAAAGAACGAUAUCUUCGGCGAGCCCAUCAACCUGUACAUGCGGCCCGGCAAGUCCAACGCCGACGUCCGGGCGCUGACCUACUGCGACCUGCACAAGAUCUCCAGAGAGGACGUCCUGGAGGUGCUGGACAUGUACCCGGAGUUCACCGACCACUUCUGGAGCAACCUGGAGAUCACCUUCAACCUGCGAGACACCAACAUGAUCCCCGGCUCCCCGGGCAGCGGCGGCUUCAGCAAGUUACGCCGCCGCAAGUUAUCCUUCAGGAGACGCACGGAGACAGAUGACGCCGAUGCCGGAGAGGUCAAGACCUCCCCCAGGUCUGUGAGGCGGAGACGCAGAGAGACCACCGGCAACCACAGACAGGAAGUGGAGCCUCCGUCGCAGGAGCACCGCGGCGGCGGCUCGGGGUCCUCGCAGUCCAGCGGAGUCGAGGGGGGGGACUCGAUGGGGUCCACGCUGGCUCCUCCCCUGGAGAACCCUCACACAUCCAGGAGCUACAGCGAGACCACCGAGGCCGACGCAGACCCCCAGACCGGCAACACCUGCAACGCCCUGUCAGGAGCCUUCUCUGGCGUGUCCCACAUCUUCAGCUUCUGGGGGGAGGGGCGGGGGGGCGCUCACUACCAGGAGGUGCCCAGCUGCAGCCGGACCCCCCCCCCGACCCUCAGCACGCCGCUGCACGGCCUGAGCCGGCAGCAGCGCGGCCAGUUGGACGCACGCCUGGACCUGCUGCAGAAACAGCUCAACAGGAUGGAGAGCCGCAUGUCCACGGACAUCGGAGCCAUCAUGCAGCUGCUGCAGAGACAGAUGGCCUUGGUUCCCCCAGCCUACAGCGCCCUGUCCCCCCCGCCCCCUCAGGUCCUGGACUCGCACCUCGAGGAGUUCCCCUCGCUGAUGAACCCCAACCGGGCCCGGCACCUGGACCUGGACUUGGACCUGGAGCUGGGACUGGGACUGGGACUGGGCCCAAGGACGGGGGUCUUCUCAGACUAUGCUGGGGUCGGGCCGGCAGCUGGACCGUCUUCCCCGGACCCUGAACCCCAAAGAAGGCUCACCCUGCAACAGUCACAGGCCCCCCUGGACCCACGGACACCUCAGUGACACGACUCUGACCCCCGGGGGGCAACGGGGGACUGAAGACCCCAAAACCCUCAGACCCUCAGACCCUUUAGGCCGCUGGACCUUCACCUCCGACAUUAAGAGACAUUUUACUUGGAGACAGUGAAGCCAGGCGGGGGAGUGGGGUGGGGGGGUGGGGGGGUAGAGGCCCCCCACCCCCCCACCCGUCAUGGAGCCACCUGAGCUCCACAGCGCUACAACCUUUAACCAAAAGAGGAGCACAUGACUGCUGUCCUGUAGGAGGAUCCCUUUACUGCUGUAGACCAAGACCACCGAGACCACCAAGACCACUAAGACCAAGACCACCAAGACCACAAGUAGCCAUGUACCAGUCGUCUUGCACUGAAUGAUUCUCUUCUUUAUGUCCGCGGCGCUUCCGAAAAAACUCUCAAACCUGUUGGUGAACUGUAUGUUAGCUGGUCUAACAGGAACCUGCUGUCCUGGUCCUGGUCCCCCCCCCCCCCACACACACACACACACACUGGAUUGGCUGGUCUGGGAACUGGAGGG